GGCCGGUGGUGGCCGCCCACUCUGCGUCCUGCAGUGCCGGCGCAGGGAGCUGUGACCUCAGCGGCUCCCCAGCCGACCCCCGACACACCGGCAGGGACAGCGGAGCGCUGAGGAGCUCGGCGGGUCGCCAUGGCGCUCACCAGCAGAACGGCAUGGCGCGACAUCCGCUCGCCGCUGACUGUGGCUGACCUGCGCGCUAUGCUGGUGGCGCCCUCUCGCGGCGUCAUCGCCUUCCCAUCGCGGCCGUACGACGAGGUCUACCCGGGCAUCAUCAUCGGAGACUGCUGGAUGGCCACGGACCCGGUGAUUCUGGAGUCUCUGCGCGUCUCGGCAGUGCUGAACGCCGCUCAGGGGAUCGGCCAGUCGCACCUGGUCGACACCGACUCGUACUUUUACGAGAGCCGCCGGCUGCCGGUCAAGUUUCUCGGUCUGCGCGCCAUCGACGCCGACUGGUACCGGCUGGAGGACUGGUUCCAGGUGGCGGCCGACUUCAUCCACGAGAGCCGGCGCAGCGGGAAAGUGCUGGUGCACUGCGUCCAGGGCCUGAGCCGCUCGGCCACCCUGGUCAUAGCCUACCUCAUGAUCAAGCUGCACAUGUCGCUGUCGCAGGCCCUGCAGACCGUCAGGGCGCGCCGGGAGAUAUUCCCCAACGACGGCUUCCUACAGCAGCUGAUCCGCCUCAACAACCAGCUGAUGGACGCGCGACGCGUCAACGUCUCCUGGCUGUGAGCGCCCGGCGGCGGUGGCGGAGAGGGGUGAGCGGCGGCCCCGGCGCCGGAGCAGACUACCUGACCUGUGACCAGAGUCCUCCCUCUGUGACUGAUACCUACUGGCCGUCCAACCAGUCGGGCCUUCGGACGGCUCUGAGUGACCCCCUCCCCCUGUCCCAUCUACCCCUCUCAUCCACCAGUCCCUCCAUCCCUCCUCGGCCUGCCGAACGACCCGGAUCGUCCCGCCGGGCCCUCCCGACACAGCGCGUGUUCAUCGGCUUAUUGCCGCCGCAAAAACGUCUUCAUUGCGCCACGAUUGUCGCAACCCCCCGCCCGCCGCUGAGAUGUCAGCAUCUGUGCAGUGCUGUCUGUGUGGAAGAUCCCAGUGAUCGCGGACAGCCAGGGGUGCCGUCCCGAUGUGCUGUGAUAUCGGUGUCUCUCCGCGGCGGCUGAGCCCCGUCAGGUCACACCCCGGCCUGUCAGCGCAGGCCACAGACAGCAGUGAUGUUCUCUGAAUGUAUUUACAGUCACUUCAUACAAAUGUAGGCAUGCUGGGACUAGAAAUAUCCAUCUGUGGACCGCAGGAACACCGUGAAAACAUGCACAAUUACGCACCGAUUUUAAAAACACCGCAAAUUUCACUGCCAAUUUCCGUGUAAAAAAUAUGCAUUAAAACAAAACAAGACCAUAAAAGAUGUUCACUUCCCUUGUUCUGUACAAACAACACAAGCGCUCGCGUGAGUGAUAAUCGAAGAAAACAUGCACGAAAUGGGAAUAAAAACGAACGUCGCCUAACA